GAGUCACCUGUUACCUUAUAAGUUCCUUUAGCAGCAGGUUAGUCCCUUUUGGUUUGUUUUAUUUUUAUUUGUAGCUAUGAGAUUAGUUUGUUUAAUUUCUUUAGCCUUAUUACAGCAAUCAGGGCUGUUACAAGUUAUUUCUUCUGGGACGGCUCCAUUGAAGUGUGGCAGAGGGUCCCAAGCCUGUGCCGAUGGUUCAGAAUGCAUUUUAUACAGCCAUGUGUGUGAUGGAGAGCCAGACUGCGAAGACGAAUCUGAUGAGGAAAACUGUGCUUCGGAUUGUACUGAAGCCCAGUUCCAGUGCGCUCACGGGAGGAAGUGUAUCGAUAAAGAGCAGGUGUGUGAUGGAGAGUCCCAGUGCCAGGACCGGUCAGAUGAGCUGCACUGUACAGCCACGAGUGACGGCUGUGUUCACCACUGUGACAACAAGAGCCGCUGUCUGCCUGCCAACUUCCUGUGUGACGGGGAGAGGGACUGCCUGGAUGGGACCGAUGAGGCAGCGUGUGAGGAUCAAGAUGAAGAAACCGAAGACAAAAAUAUUAUAACUGUAUCUGCACCUCUGAGCUGCCCUCUAGCGUCCAAACCAUGUAAAGACAACUCUGAGUGCGUCUCCUAUAACCACGUUUGUGAUGGGGAGGAGGACUGCAGGGACGGGUCAGAUGAGGAAGACUGCCAAUCAGAAUGUUCUAAAGAUCAGUUUCAGUGUGGGCACGGGCGCAAGUGCAUAGAUCAGGCUCAGGUGUGUGACGGGGUCCCUCAGUGCCAGGACCGCUCAGAUGAACUGGACUGCUCCGGGCUGGUGGAGGGCUGCGCUCACCAGUGUGAUGCCCGCAGCCGCUGCGUGCCCUCCAGCUUCCUCUGCGACGGAGAGAGGGACUGCAAGGACGGAACUGAUGAACUCAACUGUGUUGGUGAAGCGUGCAGCCACGAUGAGUUCCGGUGCAGCAGUGGUCAGUGUGUGGCGGCCUCCAUGCGCUGUGACGGCCACCCAGACUGUAUCGACCAAUCAGACGAGGACCUCUGCGCCAAGCCUCCUGUGUGCACCACCAAACAGCGCUGCCCCCAGAGCCGAGAGUGCCUUGUGCAAGAGUGGGUCUGUGAUGGGGACCAGGACUGCAGAGAUGGCACAGAUGAGGAGAAUUGCCCAGUGACUUCAGUGUCAUGUGGAGAGUUUCAGUGGACCUGUAAAUCCAAAACAAAGUGCAUCCCUGCAUCAUGGAGGUGUGACGGUUCCAAAGACUGUGAAGACGGCAGUGAUGAGAUGGAAUGUGAUGUGCUGAAAUGCCCCUCUCAUCAGUUCCAGUGCCGGACAUGGGGCUGUCUAGACCCUGAUCUGUUCUGCAACAAUGUUAGAGACUGUGUGGAUGGUUCAGAUGAAGGAGGGAGCUGUGGGGUCAAAUGCACAGAAGAGGACCGCCGUGGCUGCUCCCAGACCUGCGUCAGCACACCACAGGGACCCCGUUGCAGUUGUUCUGAAGGAUACAGACUCCUGGAGGAUGGAGUGACCUGUGAGGAUGUGGAUGAGUGUGAGGCCCGGACUCCUGUUUGCAGCCACAUCUGCACUAAUUUCCCCGGCUCCUUCACCUGUCACUGCCACCCAGGAUAUGUGAUGGAGGCAAAUAGGCAACACUGCAAGAUCUCAGGUGAGCCACUGCUAUUGUCAUCUGUCUUGAGUGACCUGUUUGUGGUGGGGCUUCGUACUGGCAGUGUGGACGUGCUGGAGUCUUCUACCAAAAAGGCCAUUCUUUCCGUGGACUAUGACUGGAGAGAGCGCAGGGUCUACUGGGACAGCUUGGACUCUGACAGCAUCAAGUGGUCUUCUCUGGACCACAAGGCCACUGGGACUCUCAUCAAAGGUGUUCGAGCUGAUUCAGUGGCUGUGGACUGGCUCGGGAGGAACCUGUAUUGGAUUGAUGGAGUAAAGAGUCAGAUCUUUGCCAUUCAGCUUCCAUCAGCCACUGUGAAGAGUCCAGAAUUCACAGUGAUCCUGGACGAAGACCUGGACCAACCCAGAUCUCUGGCUCUGCUCCCACAGAAAGGGUUGAUGUUCUGGACAGAGAUUGGCUCCAUGGUGAAGAUCGAGCGUGCAGGGAUGGACGGGUCAGAGAGGAGGGCUGUGGUGACCUCCAGUCUGGGGUGGCCUGUGGGAGUGGCCUUGGAUUCAAUCUCCAACAGAGUCUAUUGGACCGACCAGCGCCUCCGGGCCAUAGGGUCUGCCACGCUGGACGGGGACGACAUCCAGAUCCUACAGAUGAAGGAGACCACAAACCCUUUCUCUUUAGCAGUCUUCAAUGACAUGCUGUACUGGUCUGAAACAAAGAGAAGAGUGGUGCAGGGAGCCAAUAAAGUCACAGGCAAAAACAGACAAGUGCUUCUCAAGAGGCCCAGACAGCCUUUUGGAGUAAAGGUAAUGCACCCGCUGCUGCAGACCUCCACAGAAGAACCCUGUGAGGAUAAAGGCUGCUCCCACCUGUGUGUGCUGGCCCCGGGCCCCAGAGCCGUGUGCAAGUGCCCCUCUGGCCUCCUGCUGUCUGAGGAUGGACUCACCUGCUCCAGUUCAGUCAACACAGCCCUUCUCCUCAUGCUGGCUCCUUCUACUGUCACUCAGAUCUACCUACAGUCACGACACACCACAACGGGACUGAAGGACUGGCCUGAACACUCCGCUCUCCAACUCUCUGGCAUCAACCAGGCAGCCAUUUUGGAUUACAGCUUCAAAGACAACACUUUAUUCAUAACAGACGACAGCACAACGUCACUGAGCUACCUCAAAGUCAAAGAUGGAGCCCUGAGUUCCCCCCACCAGCUGCUUAGAAUCCUGGACGACACCAUCACUGCUAUGGCGUUGGACUGGAUCACUUUAAAUGUCUAUUGGAGUAGCAGUAAACAGCAGAGAAUACAUGUGACUUCUACUACAAAUGCGUAUAUGGCUGUAGUUAUCAAAGACGGCAUUGGGAGAGUGGACUCCAUCGCGUUGCAUCCUCAGAGCGGGUGCAUUUGUUUUGCUAAUCUGGUCGUGCAGGGCGGUGACUCUGAGGCCACCGUAGAAUGUUCAGACAUGGAUGGAGGAGAGAGGAGAGUGGUGUGGAAAGAUGCAAUGACCCCAACCUCACUAGUCUUUACCAGCGAUGGGAAAUCGAUCUACUGGGCAGAUACUAGUUUGGGAACAAUCAGCACUGUGCAGUUGGAUGAGGUCACUUACACAGAGUGGAAAGUGGGUGAUGGUUUGUCAGCUGUGACUUUGUAUGACGAUGUGCCACUAUGGAUGACCACUGGAGAUAAGACCAGAGUUUGGUUCCAAGAUGAGCAACAGCAAAACAAGAUGUGGUUUGAAGUGGGUACGAAAGUGGUCAGUUUGAAGGUGUUCAGCAGAGCCAGCCACAAAGGUUCAAACCAGUGCUCUGUGGACAAUGGGGGCUGCUCUCAACUGUGCCUGCCCACUGCGGAGGGGCAGUCCUGCAGGUGCACCCAUGACCACGCCCCCCUGAACUCCACCCACUGUCUUCCACGGCAACACUGUCCCACAGGAAGCAGGCUCUGUUUGGACCAGCUCUCCUGUCAGCCCAUAGACAAGUUCUGCAACGGACACGUGGACUGCCCUGACCGCUCUGACGAAAACUGCCUCCCUGUAAAUGAGAAGUCAUCAGAUAUGGUUCCUGGCCCCACGCACCUCCAGAAAUCUCCCCCAUCUAUGCCAUCAUUCCCCGAUUUGCCCAAAAACAAGAGCUCCUCCCUGAACAUCAGCGACGGACUUUGGACUCUGGACCUCGAGCAGUGCAGUUCCACCCGCUGCAGCGGUAGGGGGCGCUGUCUGGUGAUCAAUGGGGAAAUGCAAUGCGUCUGUUCUCUGCUGUACAGCGGUGAAUCCUGUGAGGAGAACCUGCUGAAGAGCCUACAGGAGCCUCUGGUCUACGGGGCUGUGGGGCUGAUCACACUUGUAGCGAUCAUUGUAGCAUUGGUGUUUUUUAGGAGGAAAAGGAAUGCUGAAACCAGUAGUGCAGAUCCCCCGGUCGUAAAGGAAACAAGCUUGACAGAGAUCGAGACCAAAGCCGAGCCCAGCCCCUCCACACAGACCUCCCCAACCGAACCGGACAAACCUGAGCUGUCAAUCAAAUGUCAUAUUAAGCAGUGUCCCAAAGAAAACCACAGAAGGAAGGAGGAAACGCAAGGGAGACUUCAGGAGCAAUCAUCAGAUAAAAGAAUCUAACUUUUAUUGGUUUCA